CUUCCCCCAGCGUCUCUCGCUCCAUCUUGUUCCCCGCGAGUUCUUUCCUUACGUCUAUGUGUAGAUCAGUGAGGAGUUCCUAAAUAUAUUUUUCCCCGCAGUGUUUGUACUUCCCUGCACCAGCAAUACAAGGUAAACAAAAUCCUUGUCUGCACGAUGGUAGAAGGUCCUGAAUCGUUGUAAACGAUGAAAGAAACUAUAAUGAAUCAAGAAAAACUUGCCAAACUUCAGGCACAAGUCCGCAUUGGGGGCAAGGGCAGUGCUCGCAGAAAGAAGAAGGUCAUACACAGAACAGCUUCUGCAGAUGACAAGAAACUUCAGUUCUCCCUUAAGAAACUCGGAGUCAACAACAUAUCUGGUAUUGAAGAGGUGAACAUGUUCACAAACCAGGGGAUGGUAAUCCACUUCAACAACCCCAAAGUGCAGGCCUCUCUAGCAGCCAACACCUUCACCAUCACUGGCCACGCGGAGAACAAGCAGCUGACAGAGAUGCUACCCAGCAUCCUGAACCAGCUGGGAGCUGACAGCCUGACCAGCCUCAGGAGACUGGCUGAAUCCCUUCCCAAACCGGCCGGAGAUAGCAAAGCAUCCAUUGCCACAGUGGAGGAAGAGGAUGAUGAUGUUCCAGAUCUGGUGGAGAAUUUUGAUGAGGCUUCCAAGGAGGAGGCAAUCUAAAGGACGGGGGUUGUUGAAGAGGCUUAACACUUGGGUGAUGGGGCAGAAUAUAUUUUCUGUUUAUAUAUAGAUAUAUCUAUAUAUUUUUGGUGCUCCGGGGUUGUCCGUGUCCAGGUCAUAGAAAGGUCGUACCCAUGUGAGGUCUCCGUUUCUAAGGGAUGAACUAAGUCCGUUACCAAACUGUUUGUUGUCUGAAGCCUGGCUGAUAACCACAGUAUCUGAAAUAAACCCUUUCUAUUGCCUAAAGGUUUUAGAACUUGUAUCUUUCUCUCCUUUCAACAGAAUGUUGGCAAAGCAAAACUGUAUGUGUUGAAAUCUCAGGAAUAAAGUGUUGAAAUCUCAGGAAUAAAGUGUUGAAAUCUAAGGAAUAAAGUGUUGAAAUAUCAGGAAUAAAGUGUUGAAAUCUAAGGAA